UCGUGUACCGCAUAAACAUUAACCCUCCCGCUUAAAAUGCCAACGGCUUCAGGCUCCAUCUCCUGCGUCUUCCCCGCCCUCCUCAAAUCCCUCCCUCAACAGCUAACCCUACUAAUUUGAACUAAAAGCCUCACGCUCAAAACCUCCUCCUCCUUUUCGGUCUCUCUGUUUACUCUACUUUUUUUUCCUCUUCUCGAUCCGAUCGCAAAUGGGCAACUGCGCUCCCAAGCCAAAGUCCCAAUCCGGCCCUCGGACGCCCAACCCCUCCGCCUCACCCACCGUCCGCCUCUAUGGAUCUGAGUCCUGUCUCACCUCCUCACGCCUCCGCCUCGCCCUCCUCUACAAGUCUGUCCCCUACCAGUUCAUCCCCCGCGACAGCCCCCUCCUCGGCCGCCCCUUCCUCCAGUGCGGCCCCGACACUCUCGUCGGCGGGGACUACACGCUGCUCCGCGAGCUCGACUCCAGAUUCCCCUGCCCGCGGGUGGCCGCGGACGCUCUGGCGAAGAUCGGGAAAAGUCGGUGGCCGAUCCCGGCGGGGACGGAGGCCGAUGAGGUGGCGCUCGUCGCCGCGCUGCAGCAUCGCAGCCUGGAGCGACACGUGGAGGAUCUGGGCAGGUGGGCAGAGGAGAUGUCCGCCGGCGGGCGUGGGCGCGGCGAUUCGGCGCGGAUGGGGCGGAGCUACGGGCUGCUGGUGGAGCUGGUGAUGGAGCACGCGCAGAUGGAGGAGCGCCUCCUCUUCCCGGCCCUCGAGGCCGCGGCCGAUCAAGCGGUGUGCAAGGUGGCGAACGAGGAGCACGCGAGGGAUCUGCCCCUGAUUAACGGGAUCAAGGAGGACAUCAAAUCGACGGUGGUGAUGGAGGCCGGUACCCCAUUCCAUCAGGAGGCGUUGCUCAACUUGUCUUCGCGAUUCAAGACCUUGGAGGAACAUUUCAAGGAACACUUUCAGGAGGAAGAGAAGAAGCUGUUCCCAUUGUUGGAGAUGACGAUAAAGAGCCAAAUGUCGUUAAGAGCCCAAGUGGAACAGGAAGAGAAUGACCCAUUGUCCUCCCUCUCCUGGACGGAGCAACUGAUGUCAAUAAUGGAAGCCACCCACUCUCCUCGCCUCUUCCCAUUUCUGGUGGCGGGGCUUCGCCCUGAAGAGGCCAUGCAGUACCUGGCUCUUGUGUGCAGGCACAUGCAGGACCAGCGCCAGCUGCUCUCCAUGCUCCGAUCUCUAAUUGCUUACCUUGAAACCAAAGACAUGUCCCCACUCGAAUGCCUGUAAUCAUUGUCCAUACAGACCGCUGUCGAGCCUGAACACCCGCAGUUCGCUUUCCUCUGAUCAAUGAGUACACAGAUAUUAAGUCUCUCGGUAAAGCUAAGAAAUUCCAUGUAAGCAAUUAGCUACACUUUCUUCCAAACUUUCUUGAUCUCCAAUCUGAUACGAAAUCACAAUAAAUGGGUUUACAUU